CAGCACACAGAGCUUGUUCUGCUGCAAGAUGUCCCGAAUAUUUCGUCGGUCCCUCAGUUCCUUCAAAAGAGCUCCUCAAGCACUCCCAAUUGCUGAGGAUACCGCACAAUUUGCUGCUCACCUAAAUAACAUCCUCCCCUCCCUCCAUUUUCCUCCAGAGCUUGCACAACGUAUCCUCACCCAUGGAAGUCACAAGGCAGCUAUUCACGGUCAUAAUGGACGGCUCAGCUUCGUAGGACGUCGCGUGCUUGAGUCUUAUUACCUGCUCUUCCUACAUUCCGUCGCGCGAAACCAAAAUCAGCACGACUAUGAGUAUCUCUCUUCUCGUGCUCUAAACACCUACCUUCUGGGCGAACACGUUGCUCCUCGGUGGUCCUUGGGUCGUAUUCUGCGAUGGACUCCUACUGUCUCUCAAGAUGUUUUACUGGCCCACAAAAAUGUCAAAAAACCAUUCGCAAAACAGCCCGCAGAUGUUGAGCUAGAAAAUGCAUUAACGAGAAAUCCUGGUAUAGUCAGAAGUGUCGGUCUUUACAAAGUCAUGGGAGAAGCUGUACAGUCCGUGAUGGGUGGUGUCUAUCAUCAAUUCGGUGGUUCUGUGGCUCAUCGCUUGUUUCACACUCGUAUUCUACCCCAUAUUCUGUUGCCAGACAAGGCUGAGGGUGUGCCUGUGGAAUUCCAUCACCAGGCAUUGGCGAUCUGUGAACGCAUGGGUGGCGUGGACGGGAAUUUGUUGGUUCAGGAGCUUGCCUCAAAACGUGUUCUUUCGGAGCUUGAGCUCGAGGCUGUAGAGACAGUUCAGCCAAAAAGAGUUGCGUGAGUGUGUUCUUGGUAGAUCUUUUGCUCUGUUUGAUUAUCUUUCCGCAGUGCUGCUAGCGCAUGAGUCCACUUGACUCUCAUUUUCUAUCGUGUUUAUUCUAUGGAUCGCAUUAAUUGCAACAACAUUUUAGUAGUCUUGCUGGCGUGUCACUCGAGAGCAAGACAUUAUGACAGUGCCGCCUAUAAGACAAUCAACUCUACCGAUGCGCAGGCGUAACGCAAGGACAGAGCAACAAUUGUACCUGAGGUAUAGGCAUUUCAUUGAUGGCUAGCCAUUCAGACACUAUAAUGCACAUGGACGAAUAGAUAGCUAACAGAUCAGUAUCCAUUUUCUACUGCAAUGAAAGUACGUUUAAUAGCA